AUGGACUCAUCAUUUUCUUUUGAAGAAGAAGGAGAUUAAUACAUCAUCGACACCAGCUCCAACAAUAACUGUAAGGAAAUAGUUGCUUCUUAAAUACAAUAUGGAGAUUUCAUUAUUUUGAGUGAUAGCGAAGUUAUUUAAGUUGACAGUGUCCGUAGAACUACUAAGUCUCGCUCUCAAAAGAAUGAAAUGAAUAUUCAAGGCAGAAACUUAAUGAAGAAUAGUGUCUUUGUCUAAUACAAAUUCUCUCCUAACAGAAAUCUUCGUAUUAUAAAGAAUGCCUAAAUCAAGGACUAUCGUAUUGUCUGCUUCGAGCCUGAAGAAGAACUCAUUUAUGUCCAUGGAAAUGGAGGUGUUCAACAAGUUAAAAUCUCAAACAAGAAAGAUGAAUUCGAUGUUGUUUCUCCCAACCUUAACAAAAUCAUUGCUAGAUGUCUCUUCUACGAUGGUCAAUACCAACUCUUGGGCUUCUUUGCCGACUCUAGCAAGUAAGAAUGA